GUAUAUGUUUCACUGUUUGAACUUGUGAGUGCUUAAAUUAAUCUAAAAAAAAUGCGCCUGAUAUACAUGCUUUAUCAUAUGUUUCCAUUAUUUUUUGAUUGCAUAAUUUUGUGAUUUACAUUUAAGUGACUCUUUAGGAGGGUAUUGAAUUAUUUCAUUGGUUAAAUUUUAAACUUCCCUGAGUAGAGAUAUAUAAAGGUGUGCAUAUAUUCCAGAAACGCUUUAUUCCAUAAAAGCUUUAGUUAAGACUACAAAAAAGUUUAAACAUGGCAAUAGUAAGGGCAGUGUUCCUUGCAUGUGGUAUCUUGUGCACAAGUUCUCAGAACAUUUAUAUGAAUGAAAAUGACGACUGUUCCAGUGAUGGUGAGACAAUUGAAAAAAUUCAAAGACUUCAGACCACACAGCGUAGGAUACAAGAAACUGUAGAUUCCCUCAGACAGAUGGUGAUGAGACUCAAUGAAGAUGUAACCAAGACCCAGGAAGAUGUUCAAAUCGUCAAAAAAGGUUUAAAUCUUAAUGCUGACUGUUGGGAAAUCUUUUUUACCGGGGUCAAACCGUCUGGGGUAUACCUAAUAGAACCCUUUGGUAUCGAGACCAGGAUGAAAGUGUUCUGCAACAUGGAGGUAGAGGGCGGAGGGUGGACAGCAAUUCAGAGACGAUUGAGCGGAUCUACUGGUUUCAACAGGACGUGGGAGGAAUACAAAAAAGGUUUUGGGAACCCAGCUGGCUCUUACUGGAUUGGUAAAUACUAUCUUUUAAUUAUUUCACCAUUCAUUUAAUAAAUGUUUAAGACUUAGGUUUUGUCAUUUUAAUCAACUAAAUCUAUCAUGUCAUGGAUAAUCAAAAAAAUGUUUAUCAAUUUGAUAACAAAUCAUGUAAACUGCUGAAA